AGAGCUGAUGUGAUUGGUCAAUUAGUGGGAAAACAAAAUCCGAAUCGGGCUGCCUGUCUAAACGCAGUCCAUUUGAUUGAUCAUAUCAUUUGUUUAAGUGUUGUUUUUCUUAAGAGCAUUGCACAUUGUUUCCUCUGAUACAUCCAUUUUGGAAUACAUUUGAUUCUCUGCCGGCGGUAUCACUGGCGUUGUGGGUGUCUAGUUGGCAUAGGUGCUGAAACGUGGUACUUUGUGUUAGACCCUUUCAUAGCACUGAAACACAGUUCAAGGCAUCGUCGUUCAAAUCAAAACUAAAGUGUCUUGCUACAAAUUGGAAACAGUUCUUCAGUCCCGUUCUGAGAAAGGUCUGUUUUUAGUGCUAAAGGUUUGGCCACCGGUCACCUUUAACAUUUUUUUCAAUCUGCCUAAUAGUAUGUGACACAAUACUAAUGGUGUGUCAAUAGUGAAAAGGGGAAACAUUUACAGCGAGAAAACAAGAUCUGACUUACACAUUCCUACAAUCACUAGCUCAAGUUCAAGUUCAUUGCCCAUUUCAUACAGAAAUCAGCCAUCUCACCCUAUCUUAGAUUUUAACCACCCCAUUCUCUCCCUUCUUCCUCCCUCUCAUCCGCCACCACUAGUUUCCCCCUCCCUCUCUCAUCUCUCCAUCACGCCCCUCCCUCUCUCCACCUCUUAUCCAGAUGCAAAGAGCAGUCAGUAAUCGGAUGAGAGCAGAUUUGAAUCAAAAGGCUUCCUUUAAAAUCUCAGCCACUGGGAUUUAAACUCACUCUCUCCUGCAUCGCCUCUACACACAGCCCCACCCCCUUCUCUCUUUCUCUCUCUCUCCCCCUCCCUACCUCUCUCUCUCUCCCCCUCCCUACCCCCCCCCCUACGUCUCUCUCUCUCUCUCACCCCCUCCCUCUAUGUUAAUGCACUCCACUCUGUGACAACCUCUAGGAGCCAUUUAAUCACAUGCAACAAUGGCAGGCCGGGGUCUCAGGGACAGGAUGGCAAAAGGGCAAUAGCACAGUUGAAACACUUUAAAAAAACGGUCCCGUUUUAUUGGGUUAGGACUAUUUAUAAACGUAAUUUUCUCAGAGAACCAAAUAUAUGGCCUAAAUCAGAUGAAGGCUAGAUAAGGUGACCGUUGUGGAUACUACUCCCUUUAGGUGAAGGAGCAGGACACCUAUGUGCGCAGCUAACUUGAGAUGGAUGCAAUCGCCUUAGGGUUAAUUGUUUCAGGCAUUUCUAUAUUUAGACGUAUGAUUUACAGUGUUUUCACACAAGCAUGUAUCCUACAGUGCUAGACAGAUAGGAACAGCAAGGAACAACAGAAAGUGAAUAUCUUUCUCUGAGCCACGGCCUCUUCUCUCUCCCUCUCCCUUUCUCCUCACACAAAUGAGAGGCAAAUUAAUUUGGGAAUGAGAUUUGACAGAGACACUUUAGACAAAUAGAGAGAGCGAGAGAUUGCAGCAAAGGAACACGAUCAAAGCCAGGGAUAUAGGGUUUUCUUCUCCUGGUAGUUGUCGAGGAUUACAUCUGCUCACCUGAUUUCACUUCCUGUCUCCAUCGGUGACGACGCCUACCAACCGUUGCCAUGGGCGAAAUGGAGGAGCUGCGAAAGGAGGCGGACAACCUCAAAGAUCAGAUCACUGAGGCCCGAAAGGUAGUGCAGGACACCACCCUGCAGGAGGCGGUUGCCGGGACGACGCUUGUGGGACGUGUCCAGCUGAAGACCAGGAAGACGCUGAGGGGUCACCUGGCCAAGAUCUAUGCCAUGCACUGGGGCACUGACACCAAUUGUAGCAAGUUGUGUGUCAGUGCCUCUCAAGAUGGAAAGCUGAUAGUAUGGGACACCUUGACCACCAACAAGGUGAGCGCCAUCCCUCUGAAGUCGUCGUGGGUGAUGACGUGUGCCUACGCGCCCUCAGGGAACAUGGUGGCGUGUGGCGGUCUCGACAACAUGUGCUCCAUCUACAACCUCAAGGGCAAGGACGGCAAUGUCAAGGUCAUGCGGGAGCUGGCCGCACACACAGGUUACCUGUCCUGCUGUCGUUUCCUUAGCGACAGUGAGAUCAUCACCAGCUCUGGCGACUGCACCUGUGUUCUAUGGGACAUUGAGACAGGGACAGAGAAGACCAUCUUUGCGGGCCACUUGGGUGACUGCAUGUCCCUGGCCGUGUCCCCCGACUUCAAGAUGUUCAUCUCGGGGGCGUGUGACUUCACGGCCAAACUGUGGGACAUCAGGGAAGCCAGCUGCAGACAGACGUUCAGCGGCCACGAGAGUGACAUCAACGCCAUCGGGUUCUUCCCCAAUGGUAAUGCGGUUAUAACGGGCUCAGACGAUGCCACUUGUAAGCUGUAUGACCUGAGAGCAGACCAGGAGCUCAUCACCUACCAGGACUCGGGCAUCAUGUGUGGGGUGACCUCCCUCGCCCCGUCCCUCUCCGGCCGCCUUUUACUGGCCGGAUAUGAUGACUUCAACGUCAACAUCUGGGACAUGCUUAAAGCCGAGAGAGUGGGAGUGCUGGCUGGUCAUGACAACAGGGUGAGCUGCAUCGGAGUAUCCUCGGACGGAAUGGCAUGCUGCACAGGAUCCUGGGACAGCUUCCUGAAGAUAUGGAACUGAGCCAGUCCUCUAGUCUAGAGGACAGACAGAACGACAGACUAAGGAGAGGGGAAUAGAGGAAGAAUAUCAUGAAAACCUGGUAGAGGGAUGUGGGGGGAGACUAGCAAGCCAUGGGUGAAAGGUUAUUUAUUUUUAUUGUGCCAAGUCUUAUUCAAUUUGAGAGAAGAAUUGUGACGAGAGUCUGUCGUCUCUUCCUACUUCCGACUCUAAACUUGAGUUAGGCAGGGGGGGACUUUUGUAGAAAAACAUGAUCGUUGCAUCAAUGAAUGAUUGAUUUUAUGUCAAGGUUCAAACUGAAUUCUAGCGUUAUAUGUCCUAUGUCAUAAGAGCAGUUGCCAAAUGGAAACGGUAGAGAUUUGGAUGAAAUAACCGGAUACGACCACAAAAUAAUUGACCACUGAUAAGACUGUGUAGGUUUACAAUAACUAGGACGUGACAUGCUUUUAUAUGAGGCGAGUUAAACUGCUUGUCAGGGGAUCAAUAUGUAAGCAUCGAUUCGUUUGAAAGCUGAUGUUCGUGUGUUGGUUAGAAUUCCCUUGUUGAGUUAAGUUUUUUCUAUUUUUAUGGUCACAGAAUAAAAUGGUUUAGCCUGCAGAUUUCUA